CUCCACCAAAGAAAAAGAUAAAUUUAGAAACCAGUGGGAAGAAAAAAUGUCAUCAGUUCGAUUGAAAUUGACGAUUCUGAUGAUGAUAAUAAGCCUUUAGGUCUGUCCAUCACGAUUGAUGAUAGUGACGAUGAUGUCGAGCUUGUAAGUGAAACAAAAGGCAACAGAUGUUUAAAGACCAAGGACGGGUCAACAAUAGAGGUGGUGCACAUGGAGAGCACAGGUGUACAGAAGAGGCCAAGGGUGGAGAGAGAUAUCCGAGUGAUGCCUGAAGUCGUGGAACUCAACAUCCAGAUGGAGGGUCCGCCCAAGAAGCCCAAGGCAGUUGAGAGUCCGGUGGUGCACCAGUCCAGCAGCUCUGCAGCGUUCAGUGCUCCGUCGACCUCAUUCGCCUCCCAGGACAGGUUCGUGUUGGUGGACCCGGCGACGCUGAGGCCAGACGAACUGCCGCCCGGCACAGUUCUUCUGCGCAGCGUACAACCGGUGGUCAACAUGCCUCAGCCGCAACAGCCAGUUCCUGCCAAUGUGCCUGUGCAACAACUGGGGACACCCUGUAGUGCAGAUGCCGAACAUUCAGAUCUCUGUAAACACCGGCCCCGGUGCAGCUACUAUCUCCGCUCCCAGCACCUCCUCAAGAAACAUCUCAAGAAAACAUCAAGAUCGUUCAAAUAUAAUAGUGCUGGACGAGGAAGAGGAGGACGAUAUAAUUUUGAUCGACUGAACGUACAAGUUGCUAUUACACCACUUCAAAUUAGGAUCUCAGACGAUGGUCGCUACGAGGAGAUCUUGGUAUCUCAGAGCACUUGGGGUGUGCAGUCAUUAAAGAGAAAAGGUUCACCAUUACCAUCUCGCCCUAUGAAAAAACUUAAGUUAACUCAAACAUCAAGCAGCCUCGUGAAAUCUCCAGCAAAAAAAUCAUCAAAGAAACAAAAACAAGAUACAUCUGUUCUUAAACAUAAUACACUGAUAGGUUCUCAUUCAAACCCAAUUUCUAAUAAAUAUUACAGCUCAAGCAAAUCUUUCUUAAGCCCCUUAAAAGAGACGAAACGCAGGCAGCAAAAGAAAAAAUCAGCGAAUUUUUCUGAAGACACAAAGUCGAAUAAAGUCAAUGAAAAGUGUGUAAAACCUAAACAUAAUAGCACUUUAUCUACAAGCAAAGUAUGCAAAAAGACGAAACAUAAGAAAUUUAUUUUGCAAGAAUGGAAAUAUAAAAAAAUUGACUCAUAUCUGAUGAAACGUUAUGGAAAACCAUCAGAGCCAUCUCAAUUAAGCAGCCACAAAACUGAUGCUAUUAUUGGAAAAUGUAAUGAAAAUCCGGAAACUGUGCCAACAAAAAAAUUAAUGCAAAAGAUUAUCGAGGACUGCAUUAGUGAAUCAAAUACAAAAAAAGCUUCAGUGUAUGGAGGAACUUCAUCAAAAACCACUUUUACUUAUAAAUCAAAUGUGGAAUACAAUAAUACAUCAUUUAAUAUUGAAGUAAACUCAUGUGAAGGCAGAUCAACUUUGACAUUAGAAGAAAAUAACCCAAUGUUUGACUCUAUUGUUAUUAAUGAAGAGUCUGAUAUGUCACAUCAUAAGGACUUUACAGAUGAAAUGUCUUCUAUCACAAAUGAUUCUCCAAAUAAUAUAUCAGAUGAUAUUGAAGUAAAAUCAUGUGAAGAUACAUUAACUUUGACAGUAGAAGAAAAUAACCCAAUAUUUGACUCUAUUGUUGAUAAUGAAGAGUCUGAUAUGUCACAUCAUAAGGACUUUACUGAUGAGAUGUCUUCUAUCACAAAUGAUUCUCCAAAUAAUAUAUCGGAUGGUAUUGAAGUAAAAUCAUGUGAAGAUACAUCAACUUUGACAGUAGAAGGAAAUAACCCAAUAUUUGACUCUAUUGUUGAUAAUGAAGAGUCUGAUAUGUCACAUCAUAAGGACUUUACUGGUGAAAUGUCUUCUAUCACAAAUGAUUCUCCAAAUAAUAUAUCAGAUGAUAUUGAAGUAAAAUCAUGUGAAGAUACAUUAACUUUGACAGUAGAAGAAAAUAACCCAAUAUUUGACUCUAUUGUUGAUAAUGAAGAGUCUGAUAUGUCACAUCAUAAGGACUUUACUGAUGAGAUGUCUUCUAUCACAAAUGAUUCUCCAAAUAAUAUAUCGGAUGGUAUUGAAGUAAAAUCAUGUGAAGAUACAUCAACUUUGACAGUAGAAGAAAAUAACCCAAUAUUUGACUCUAUUGUUGAUAAUGAAGAGUCCGAUAUGUCACAUCAUAAGGACUUUACUGAUGAAAUAUCUUCUAUCAAAAAUGAUUCUCCAAAUAAUACAGCAGAUAAUAUUGAAAUCUGUGAACAAUUCUGUGAAGAAAACUUAACUGUGACAGAGCACGAAAGCAGGCCACCAUUUAAAAAUUCUGUUGGCACAAGAGAUUCAGCUGAGCCAUCAGUGGUUGAAAACAAUGUAAUUUUAAAUGAUACAUCUGACGUUAUGAAAGUUGAUGGAAAUUGUUGCAAACAAAACUUUAGUAAUAAUAUUUUGACAGCACAAAACCCACCAUCUAAGAAUUCUGUUGAUACAAAAGAUUCAGAUGAGUACCAGGAUUCUGUUGACAAAGUGCCUGCUACUUUGGAAGAAUUUGUAAACAUACCAGAUGACACUAAAGUUUGUGAAAAGUCCUGUGAAGAAAACAUGAGUAGUAGAAUUAUUAUGGUGGUUCCAGAUCAUAUACAGUCAGUUGGCAAUCCUGUUGAUAUGCAAAAACCUAAAGAGUCAUUGGUUAAAGACCCUGUGAGUGAAAUUUCAGCUGUUGCAGAAGAUUCAAUAAAUGAGUCCAUUGAUGAAAGUGUAAUAGAGACAAAACAAGAAAUUAGUGAGUCUAAUAAAAACUUGUAUGUGGAGAAUGAGGACUUAUCUCAACGUGAUAGAUGUGACCAAUGCACAAGUGUUGAAAGUAGUACAAGUCCUUCAGCUAUUGUGACACCUAUUAAAAACGAGAAAUGUUCUAAUAAUAUUAAUAAUAAAAUUUAUACUGAACAAACUAACUGGUUUUUCCCAAAAAUAAAAUUUAUAUCUCAAUCUAAAUCGCAAGGAAAAACAUGUAGUUCAACUAAUUCAAAAGGGAAGGUUAAAUCAAAACAGAAGCAAGAAGAAAAAACGAAGAAUGAAAAUUCUAAUCAACAUAAGUUGAAGAAAAGUAGCCCAAUUAAAAUCGAUGAUGUCAAAAUUAUGCAUAAUAUUGAUCAUUACUUUGCACCCAUAGUAAAGAAUUCCACUAGUUGCAAAGAUUUUGGUGAUGAAAGGACAAGCGCAGAAAAGAGUGAAAAGGGUGCACUAGCAUCUGUUGUAGAGAGCUCUCAUUUGAAAACCGUGUCUCUUCAUAGAAACAUUGAAAAAAGGCCAUUGAAUGAAGUAAACUGUAAUAUAAUAACAAACAUGUGUAAAGUAUCCAAACUUUAAUAAGGACGACGAAUAUUUGUUUGGAAAGAUAUAUUUUUAUGAUUUAAGCAAGAUAUAUUUUAAUUGAGAUUGUAAAAAAGGAUUAUUUCUUUGGGUGCUUGAUUUUACCAUCUGUAAACUUGUUAAAAAGAAUCGUUAAGUUUUUCAUUGAAAAGUGAUGUAUGAGUUAUUUUGGACAGCAUCGUCAUAAUAAGAAAAAUAGCAAUACAAUUAUUCAGGUGAAUGUUGCUUAAGAACUACGGGUUUAAAAUCCAAGUUGUAUUUAAUUUACUAUGUACAAAUCUGUUUUAUUCCUGGAGUUUUAUAAAAACCUAAUAGUGAAUAGUGAUAACAUGUUUUUAAUGUUGGAACUUUAAUGUAAGUACUCCAUAACAGAGAUUUUAACACAGUAUGAAAUUAAUUGGAAACAAUUUAAUUGUAAUGCAUUUUUAAAUAGCCACUAUCCAAUUUAAUGCAGUCCACUCUACUGAAAA